GAGGGAGUGGAUGAAUUUUUCAAUAUGGAAGUGGUAGCAUUAUCUAUCUAUUAUGGUAAGGUAGAAGAAAAGUUUAAAGAGGAGGUGCCAAUCUAAGACAUCGAGUCUUGCAUUCUAUCGGACCUGGUGGUGGCCUUGCUGGAAACAGGGAAGCUGUGGUUCCAGGAUCCUCAAGAUGAAAGAUGAUAAGAAGAAAUAAGACUCUUCACUAACCUUGGGUCAUGCGUAUGAUGGAUAUUGAACAAUAUCGAAAUCAAAAUUUUGAUUCUUUUGUGAAGAAUGAGGAAUGGCCUGAAAUAGAAAAGAUCGCGCGAUCGCAACUAGUGCCGAAAUUCGGGAAGAAGGUUACCGCAAUCAUCAACGCUUGUCUAUCUGAAUAUGAUGCCGAAACCCGUUAUUCUUGUAACGAAUCAAUGCUGGGACAUAUUCGGAAAGCAGCAACUACGUCAAUGGAGGAUCAUGACCUUCUUGCUUCCAGCAUUUGGGAUGAGGUUCCACCAUCGAGGACACUGAUCACUCCGUUGCAGUGGAAAUUCUUGUGGAAUCAAUUCUUAACUGAGACCGAAAGCGUUACAAUUCAAGCGUAUUCUGCACCAGAGACCGCUGCAAGGCUGCCGGAAGAAGGCAAACACCCAUUCAAACUUACUCACUGGUUGCGUUCCUUACUACUUUGUGGUAACUGGUAAUGUAAGACUGAAAGUAGAGGAGUGGAGGCUUUUUUUUCGUCUUUUUUUGGCCUUUUUUCUUUUGAAUUUCGGUAGAUUAUUAAAAAUGCUACUUGUACUUUGAAAC